GCACCUUCAGCAGGGUCAAAUUUCUUGCGCAAAUGAGAGCAAUCCCACGAAAAAGGAGUGCUCUCCAGAUUGCCAAAACCUGUCUGGAUUAUACUACUUCACUUCACACGUAAUUGUUCUAGUCUAUCAGAAUGACGACGGUUUCUCAACAAACUUGACUCUUUUUUUUUUUUAGGAGAAACGUUUAAAAACGUGUGUUGCUUGUCUUAUGUGUUUGUAUUUGUUAUAGUGAAGGUCUUCCUAUGUCAAUUGGAGCAUCAUUCGCUAAUGUCACUUUCUCCUGAUCACUAUAGCAUUGGUCAGUGACGAGUUUUACCAACCUCAAGACUCCAACAAAAGACCUGCUGGGACCUGUGGAGAUUUUUGUUUAUCUAUUUUAAAAAAAAAAUGAACCUUAUUGGGAGCUACCAGCAUCAUCAUCUGAUGCACGAGACCUUUCCAUUCGUCCAGAGGUGUCAUCAAGAUACCCCGUACUUCCAAAGCUGGGUGGUGAACCACGGCGAAGUCCCUCCUGAUUUCCAGAUCCAGACGCCGUACUCCACGGAGUUUGGGGCUCAGGGUCCGGCUCACGACAGCCAGCUGGACGCUCCCUCAGCGCGCACUGGGAAGAGGAGAGCCUCGGGGCCGAAGAAGGAGCGGAGGAGGACGGAGAGCAUCAACACUGCGUUCGCUGAACUGAGAGAAUGUAUACCAAACGUACCCGCAGACACGAAACUGUCCAAAAUUAAAACGUUACGACUAGCAACAAGUUACAUUGCCUACUUAAUGGACGUGCUGGCUAAAGACACUGGGGAGACGGAGGGAUUCAAGGCCGAAAUCAAGAAAUAUGAUAACAGAGAUUUGAAACGGAAACGGGAAACGGUAGGCUAUGUGUACUAAAAUGCUUAUUCUGAAAACUUUGUAGGCCUAAAAAGUCUUUAUUGGAAUUUACAUUCUGCCAUCAACCUAAAUUACUUUAAUCGUUAUUGAGUGUAUUUAAGGCGUAAUUAAGGAAUAUGCACCUUCGUGAUUGUGGUUUUAAUUGUUGAAACAAAGUUGAGGCCAUAAUGUUGCAAUUACUAUAUAGGCCUAUUCAUUUGAUGUUCAAAUAAUUUGCUUAACCACGUUUGUUGACUCUUCAAAGCGAAAACAUUUCACAGUAUAGAACAAUGAAAGUCAUUUUAGAAUCCCAUAUCAGAGUUAUAUUUUUUGCUCAAUUGAACAAGCCUGAGAAGGCCUUUAAAGAUACACAGUCGAGCACUAUGAUCCUGCUAGCCUGGUUGUUAAAUAGUAAAUGUAGGCUAAUUUGUGUGUAUUUAAUUCAGACCAUGUCAAUUUACAUUGAGUUAAAAGUCAGUCAGCAAUACAAUUGCAUAAUGCUAUAUCAAUAUUCUAAACCACCAUUUUCCUUUCUUUCACAGAACGAGGACCUGCAAGAGUCAUUAGGAAACGAGAAAAAGUUCAAAGGACGGACAGGUUGGCCUCAGCAAGUCUGGGCUUUGGAAUUGAACCAGUGACUGUUCUGACCUCAUUGAGCAGAGCGGCAGCAGAAACCCACGCAGACUCCGUAUUCAAGCACUUCGCUGCAAGGAAUACAACCACUUAUAUACACAUCUAUAGGCCUUCUACGUGCAAUGUUCAAAUUCAAACAAGGUAGACUUGGUGAAAUGCAAUAUUAUGCAAAUGAUUCAAAAACUGCCUGG